AUGGCGCCAACCAAGCGUAAAGCCGGUGAUGAUGGCACUGCGGAAAAGAAGAAGGUAAGCUACCGAGCUCCGACACAGCCAACUCCAAUCUACGAGUGUACUAACAUCUGAAUAGCUACAGCGCCGGAACGCGACGAACGCCUCUCUCGUGCCCACUCAGCGGCGGGUGACACGCCAAAUGACGACCGACGGACCCCGACAGGCAGUCUUCGCCACGGCAGAGCUGCUCGAGAACAUCAUGCUGCAUCUCCCCAUCAGGACCACCUACACCUCGCAGCGUGUCUGCCAGCAGUUUCGAGACAUUGUCAAGAGUUCGGUGAUGAUUCAGCAGAAAUUGUUCAUUCGGCCUACUCUGCCGGAUGACAAGGUGUGGGAGCUGCGUCGAGACCGGGAUGAAAUGAUACAAUUCGUUUCUGUACCUGGUGAUCCCUCUACACUCAAGGAAGAAGAACUCAGAGGACAAUUCAGACCAGUCAGACUGAAUCCUUUGCUUCGGACCCGUUACCAGAUGCCUUUGUGGAUGUUUUGGUUUGAGGACGAGCAGGUGGAGUUCGCUGUUGACAGGCAAUUGAACUACCGCUCCCUUGAAGACCAGGGACUUUGGUUCUGCAGUCAAUUGACUGAUCCGCCCUGCCGGCUGGCCGAUAUCCAACUCUACUGGUGCAUGAAACAAAGUGGACAGAACACCGCGGAAGGUCGGUUGGACGCACGCGUCAAGAAGCCAGACGGUAUAAGAAUCGCUCACCUCUGGGACGCCAUGAUGAAUGCCAAGGCAAAUCGCUAUCGGACCGGAUCUCAGUACCACAAUGUUGAGGAGAAGAGCUUUGCUGAGCUUCACACGCAGCUCGUUCAAGACGGCUUUCGUCCCGUAACUCUCAAGACGAGUAGGAUGUUCAUCGAUCUUCCUGGAGUGGCGAUUGCUUCCGAAAACGACUGGAAGAAUGUCUGCGGCGAUGGAAAUCAAGUUGAAGAACAAGAGAAAUCGCCGUAG